GAGCAAUUACAGCAAGCAACCAAAUUAACUGCAAGAGAGCGAAGAUUUAUCAGAUUUGCAUCGACGGAGUUUGACAAUCAAUUGUACAUGACACCACAAGAUUUUCUAGACAGUGUGGUGGAACAAGAUCCUAGACCCCGUCUGAAGCGUCGACAGCUGACUUUGUCGGAGGUUCAAGCGCUUAAAUCUUCGACGCCUACGCUCAAAAAAGGAUCCCAUCAGAUGUUUAGGAACCUUAGAGAAAAAGGAAUAAUAUCUUACACGGAAUAUUUAUUUCUGCUCUCUAUAUUAACAAAGCCACAAUCAGGAUUUAAAAUAGCAUUUAAUAUGUUCGACACCGAUGGUAAUCAAAGAGUGGAUAAAAUGGAAUUUUUAGUGAUCAGAAGAUUGCUGGGUGGUUCAAUGGAAGAUCGAGAAUUGGAUGAAGGAACUAGAAAAGCACUUUUGAGCUUAGUUUCCACUAAGGAAAUGGCUACAUUUAUUGUGAAGCCUAGGAUAAAAUUGAAGAAGAAAUCAAUCGAACAGAAAGUUUCCGAAGAUUCUGAGAAUGCUGAAGCUAAAAUUGAACCUGUUGUAGUGAAACGUUCACUUAUGGAGCGUAUAUUUAGUUACGCCUAUCGGGGGCGACGCGGUAUGGAAGCCGUUGAGAAAGAAAACCCGAGCGUCCGUUUGGCUACGGAAACGGCUUUAGAUGAUCUGGUUGACGAUGAUCAAGGAUUGCAAAGAAAACAUAAAGUGGACACCACGUUACAAAUUCAUUUCUUCGGCAAGCAUGGGAAGGAUGAUUUGCAAUACGAGGGUUUUAGAAAAUUUAUGGAAAAUUUGCAAUAUGAAGUUUUGGAAUUAGAAUAUCAAGAAUAUGCGAAAGGUCAUGAAACAAUCACGGAGGUAGACUUCGCUCAAAUUUUGCUUCGAUAUACACAAUUAGACGGUGAUGUUUAUGACAUGUAUUUGGAACGAUUGUUGGACCGUGUAAAAGAUCAACAGCAGGGUAUUACAUUUCAGGAAUUCAAAGAUUUUUGUGAGUUUCUAAAUAAUUUGGAAGAUUUUGCUAUGGCCAUGAAAAUGUACACAUUGGCAGAUCAUCCCAUUUCUAAAGAUGAAUUUUUCCGUGCGGUUAAAAUUUGUACUGGAAAUGUUCUAACAAAGCAUGUAGUAAAUACAGUAUUCGCAAUAUUUGAUAAUGAUGGUGAUGGGUUGUUGAGUUAUCAAGAAUUUGUUGCCAUAAUGAAAGAUCGAUUACAUAGAGGCUUCAAGUCUGGUGCCAGAAGUGAAGGUUGGGAUGCUUUUAAGAUAUGUUUGAAAAACGAAAUGAAAAAGAAUACAUAA